CUCGAAUUCGAAGCGAAGACCGAGAGGACAAAGUGAAAUUUUGUUAUCAAUAUUCACCAUUUCACGAGGUUAUUCGUAUUCAGAAAUUUAAGAUAGACCUACUCAGCAAUCAUGACAUCGAAAAGAUCAAAAACUAGCUCGGAAACAAUCAGAGACAGACCGAACUUCUGUUUUACGUGUGGUUUUGUUCCCAGGAAUAUUGAUGAAAAAAAAGGUAUGAAACUGUUUUGUUCUAAUUUAAUGGGGACAAAUAUCAGACUGGGCGAAGUUCUAAAGAGGUCAGGAACCAAAACGGGCAAUGAACGAACUUGGUACAUGAAGAGAUGCUGCUCGAAGUGUACGUUGAUACAGAACCAAUGGGACAGAGCAAGGAGAACUAUAGAGAGUCUGAAUGUACAAUGGACAGAAAGAACAUCUCAUUAUCUGCCCACAGUCAGUCAGCCCGCGGAGACACAUCUCGAGUUAAAAAGUGGCCUCCUGAAGUUCAUCAAGGCUUCAAAAUACACAAACGCCUUCAAGCUUCUGUUGGGCAAGAAAGCGGUGAGGGAAGUGUGGACCAAAGAAAUUGCAAAGACUAUCCGAAGAGAAGUCAAAAUGAUGCGGAAGGAACGCCUCUAUCCAUCUUGCGCUGUUGGGAAGCAGCUUGAUGAAAAGCAAUGGAAGCCCAUCUUCCGUCACAUAAAAAAAAUAGCCCCAGUCUUCUUUGCUGUGGUUGUCGCUUCCAUGACAAAAAAUGAGAGGCAGGCAGACAGGAUGUUAAGAAAGGGCAAGGAACAUUUUAACUCUCGGAUAGGAAUGAUGAUCAACCUCCCUCUGGGCAACAAAGGGCAUAUGAGAUAUCAGGGUGCAAUAGCUGUCGACCUGUGGCAUCUUGGUGCGAAUGAAGGGAUUCUGAAGUUUCUGCAUCGUCUGGGAUUAAGCAAACUAAAGAGGGAGACUCUCCAAUUGAUCCAAAAGAAGAAGAAUCUUGUGACGGAAUGGUGUGAAAAAAUUGAGAAAGAAAAGAACUGGUCUAAAGGUGAUACAAGGGACAAUCUGCACCCUGGCUUUUCGCUCAUGGUCAGGAAGCGCUAUGACAAGUACGAAAGCAAUGCCAGAAGCACCCAGCCGAAACCGGGCAGGCAGUCAAGACUGGUCAGCAAUGGACUAGCCGUCAAGAACAGGAUAUCCUUUCGCGACCUCCAAGAAGAGGCUCCUAAGAAAGCCUGUGAGCUCCCUCUCACCGUCUACCUGCCCAAUCAAGGUGAUUAUGAGGAGCUACGGAUGAGGAUGCAGGUGAUGGUGGAAAGGAUUCUUCAAGCUAAUCUCUCCUUGUUUGCUAAUCAGCCUGUGACUGGACACAUACCUCACGAGUACUCCUCGCAAUGCGCCGAACAAAGUGAAUACGUUGAUCUUGGCAUCAUUGAGGGUAACCAUAUUACAUCCGACCAAACCUCAGACCUGCUUCAGCAACUGGAGGAUCAUGCCCCUAAGGGCUAUCCUAUCGUACUGUACGGACAUGAAGAGAUGGUAAAGCACGCCAGUACAGCCCAGGUUUCCUCAACGAAAGGCACCGCCAGGCAGGCAUUCAUACCGGUACCGCAAGAUAGCAACUUGAGAUCCCUCUUCAUGAGGGACAUCAUGGCAGACCUGUACGCUCCAACGAGCCCGACGGAGAGAGCCACCCUACGGAAUCUGAUACAUAUGUUUGGUUAUGAUGGCAUCAAGGACAAGUACUCUCCUCCCCAUAGUCUUGAUGACUUCUUACUGUUUGUGUGCUGUGCUAUGGUUGUUGGUUUCGCCCUUGAGAUGCUGGUUAGCAAUGAAGAUGAAAUGAGUGACGGGGAGCCAGAGACUCUCUUGGCCAGGGUGUCGGCCGAGGUCGUAAGGAGGGUGUGGCAUCAGAUGCCCAUGAACCAAGUAGCUGACAUCGCCAACGCCGAGGUCGGAAGUAACGAGGGAUCCGAUUACAAAUUCUGCUUUUGCAAAGAAGAAAAGGAAGGCGAACGCAUGCUGGAGUGCAGCAACAUCAACUGCCCGAAUGGGAACUGGUUCCAUGAGCUGUGUGUCUCCAAUCCACAGGUGAGCGAUGACUGGUACUGUAGCCCCACAUGUCAAUCGUUGCGCGGUGGACAGUACUGCGUGUGUAGGAUGAAGACAGAGGAGGAGCUGGUCUGGACCUGCGCCAACAAGAGGUGCAAACGCGGGAGAAAGUUCCACCAUGGUUGCGUGAGAUCUACUUUGCCAGCUCCCGAACAAAUGGACAUCCCUAACCGAGGUCAGAAAAAAUGGUAUUGCUCUGCACAAUGUCGGAAGGGUAAGAAUGUUGAUGAGGACAGGGAGCUGAGGUACCUGGAGGCGGUCACCUGGCGAUGUCUCUUCAAUGAAUGCAUGAGGGAUGCGGAGAGAGAAGGCGAUGGAGAAGCUCUGAUGGGGUACUGGAGAAUCUACAUGCCGGAGCUCUAUAAGAGAGGCCAUGAAAUGUUCUUCCUUGUUGCGCAGCGACUUCUUGCGGGUAUAUCUGGUUGUUAUGAACCUCGCGUCAGGCAGGAAGUGAUUCACAAUAGGACCAUGAACUUUGAUGGCGGGGCAGGGAAGAACUUUUCUAUGGACCUCCAGAUCACAGGAUCUAGUAAGCGAAGCAAGGAGGCAGCCGCAUUAUUCAAGAAAAAACCCAAAGGAGAUGAAGAAGAUGAUGAGGAGGACACUGGGAAAGCAGCAGGAGAUCCCCUCACCAAGAAACGGAAGCUCGACAAAGAUCAUGGAACCGGUAAUGAUGGCGACACUAGUCCUCUCGUACCUAACCGAUAUGCGCUCUUCAAAGGGGAUGUGGCAGAGUUCCAGAAGAAGUUCAGUGACGAUGAACUGUUCAAGGAAACUCGAGGACGUUGCAUCCCUUCCCUGAUGAGCAAGUCGUUUGAUCAAGACUUUACAAAACAUGAGAUGGUGGGUAUGAAGAAACACCUGUUGACAUUGAUUAAGGAGUAUGAUGAGGGGCCCGCAUCAGGGAAACGAUCAAUCAAAAAAGUUAAGCCCAGGAAGGAGGAUUUUGAGUCCAGAGAUUAUGAGGCUCUUUCCAGUGAUGAUGUAAAGGAGGAAAACCAAAGUGAAGAUGAAGAAGAAAAAAGUGAUGGUGAAAACAGUGAAGGUGAAAACAGUGAAGAGGAAGAUGAAGACGGAGAAGAUAAGUCCAGUAAUGAUGAGGAUGAGGAUGAAAAUGAGGAUGAUGAUGAUGAUGAUGGUGAUGAUGAUGAUGAUGAUGGUGAUGACGAUGAUGAUGGUGAUGAUGAUGAUGAUGAUGGUGAUGAUGAUGAUAACGAUGAACAAGAAGAAGAUGACGAUGAACAAGAAGAAGACAUGUCUAGUGAUGACACAUAUAGACUAUAGGGCAUGGGGUCAAAAGAGCUUCCUAAAAUGAUUUUUGUAGUCUCCUCCUUGUGACUACCUAAACUAUGGCUUAAAAUGUUGGUAUUGUGUGUCUUAUCAAUAUUCUGAUAGUUCCCACUUCCAGAAGUGGAGCACUUCCGAAAAAAUGGCGCCCAAAACAAAAGAUCUAAAAACAAGCAUUCCUUCAUAAAAGGACUGCAUCCGGUGCAAGUGAUUUUCACUAAUACAGGUGGUAAUUGGUUUUAAUCAGUGAAUGUGAUACCGCUUUUGCGGUCUAAGUUCAUAUUUAUUGUACAAAAUAUCUAUAGGGAAGAUUUAAUAUUUCACAAAACACUGUAUAGUUGAGGAAAUUUGCAUGAAAAUGACAUUUUAAGCCAAAAUACGUAAGUUUGACAUUUUUCUGCAACAAAGCCUGUAAUAAUUUAAUUAUUCUGAAUGAGGAAGUUCAUUUACAAGCAAUAAAUAUUACAAUAAAAACAAA